GCGCCGCCGAAACAAAAAACCUAGCAGCAACCAGCAACCCCACGCGACCACGGACGGACCGGCCAUGGCAUCUGCACGGGCUGCUGCUGCCUGCUGAUAGAGUGGACAAUGCAUGAGCUGCUGCAGAUAGAACGCUGCCGGCCGGGUCUGCUGCUGAUAGAUGCAUGUAUAGAUAGAGACACUGCUGCAGCUGCAGCUGCAGUGCAGAUAUAUAGAACGCUAGCUGCCGGCCGGUGCAGACCACGGGAGGCGCGGGCGCGCGCUAUAAAAGCCGAGCCAGUGGGCGCGGCCAGUGUCACAACUCACAAUUCACAUCGAGGUCUCAGCUUCAGGAAAGGGAAGGAAGCAUGUUCGGGCACCACCACCACCACGGCCACGGCGGGCACCACCAGGCCCCGCCGCCGCACGAGCAGACGCUGUUCAGGAUCUUCUGCCGCGCCGACGAGGCGUACUGCCUCACCGUGCGCCACGACGCCGUCGUCCUCGCGCCCACCAACCCCCGCGACGAGUACCAGCACUGGUACAAGGACAUGAGGCACAGCACGAAGGUGAAGGACGCGGAGGGCCAGCCGGCGUUCGCGCUCAUCAACAGGGCCACCGGCCUCGCCAUCAAGCACUCGCUCGGCCAGUCCCAUCCCGUGAAGCUGGUGCCCUACAACGCGGAGUACCUGGACGAGUCGGUGCUGUGGACGGAGAGCCACGACGUGGGCAAGGGCUUCCGCUGCAUCCGCAUGGUCAACAACAUCCACCUCAACUUCGACGCCUUCCACGGCGACAAGGACCACGGCGGCGUGCACGACGGCACCACCGUGGUGCUCUGGGAGUGGUGCAAGGGCCCCAACCAGAGCUGGAAGGUGCUGCCCUGGGGGGACGAGGCCUACGCGCCGCGCCCGUACGCUCCUCCUCCGCCUGCCCAGGUGGAACCAGGCUACGGCGGGUACCGUCCCCCGGCUGCAGGGGGCUACGCGCCGCCGCCUCCGCCUGCCCAGGUGGAACCAGGCUACGGCGGGUACCCUCCUCCACCAGCUGCAGGGGGCUACGCGCCUCCUCCUCCGCCUGCCCAGGUGGAACCAGGCUACGGCGGGUACCCUCCUCCCCCAGCUGCAGGGGGCUACGCGCCGCCGCCUCCGCCUGUGCCUGUGCAGGAGCCUGGCUACGGCGGGUACCGUCCUCCAUCUGCUGGGGGCUACCCGGCGGGGUACGGGUACAGCAACCUGCCUCGCGCUCUGGCGUCUGAACAGACCGUCCGCGUCUACUGCAAGGCCGGCGAAGGGUACAGCCUCACCGUCAGGAACGGCACCGUGUGCCUGGCGCCAACCAACCCCAGGGACGAGUUCCAGCACUGGGUGAAGGACAUGAGGCACAGCACUAGCAUCAAGGACGAGGAAGGGUACCCAGCGUUCGCGCUGGUGAACAAGGUCACCGGCGAAGCCAUCAAGCACUCGCUGGGACAGAGCCACCCGGUACGCCUUGUGCCCUACAACCCCGAGUACGUUGACGAGUCGGUGCUGUGGACGGAGAGCCGCGACGUCGGGCACGGCUUCCGCUGCGUGCGCAUGGUGAACAACAUCUACCUCAACAUGGACGCCUUCCACGGCGACAAGGACCACGGCGGCGUCCACGACGGCACCACCGUCGUCCUCUGGGAGUGGGCCAAGGGCGACAACCAGCGCUGGAAGAUCCUGCCCUGGUGAACAGAGACGAGCUAGAUGAAUCCAAGGAACCUUACCUAGCUGCUGCCGCCGCCGCCUAAUUCGUCCUCCUCCGCUCUAGCUGUUAUCUGUCUGUGUCUUCGCGUCCUCGGUUCCUGAAUGGACGAAUAAUAUAUAGCAUGCAUGUACGGCUAGCGACCAUGUCUGAAUGACAUCUUCGUUGCUGCUGCUGCUGCUACUGCUACCUGUCCGUUUGGUGUUCUAAAAGACUCUGAUGAGUGGUUCUGAAUGUCUGCAUUUCAAGUUUGCUGUGUGAUGUUAAUGUACCGUGCGUACCAGAGCUGCUGCUCCUCCUAAAAUCUUUAUCUACCUUUGUUUUGAUUUUUGCCUGCU